CUCGGCACCGGUUUCCGGUUCGACGGCUAGUUCGAAAAACAUUGGUGUUUAUGCAUCAAAGCAGAUCGUCAGAUUUCUCUAAGCACCACCAAAGCCAUCUCUUCUAUCUCAGUUAUCGCACCACGCAUCCUACGGAAUAGAGAUAGAGGGUUAGAGAUAGAGAGAUGGCUCCCUACAUUCUUGCCCUUACUCUCCUUGCCCUCGUUUCUUCGCGAGCCAUUGCGUCUGAUCCUAGCCCCCUCCAAGACUUCUGCGUUGCGGAUAAGAACUCCCCAAUAUUCGUAAAUGGGUUCGUGUGCAAGGACCCAAACCUCGCCACCCCUGAAGAUUUCUUCUUUCCUGGUCUCGACAAGCCUGGAAACACCAUGAACAAGGUUGGCUCCAACGUGACUCUAGUCAGUGUGGCGCAGCUCCCCGGCCUCAACACCCUCGGCAUCUCCAUAGCUCGCAUUGACUUCGCCCCCAAUGGUCUAAACCCUCCCCACACCCACCCGCGCGCCACCGAGAUCCUCACCGUCCUUGAGGGCACUCUCUGCGUCGGAUUCGUCACCUCUAACCCUGACAACAAGCUUUUCGCGAAGGUGCUUAACACGGGAGACGUGUUCGUAUUCCCCCAAGGACUUAUCCACUUCCAAUUUAAUCCGGCAGCGAGCAGCGCGGUUGUGCUAUCCGGUCUGAGCAGCCAGAACCCCGGUGUGAUCACUAUAGCCAAUGCAGUUUUCGGGGCGAAGCCGCCGAUUUCGGAUGAGGUUCUUGCCAAGGCGUUUCAGCUGGAUAAGAAUACUGUGGAUUGGCUCCAAGCGCAAUUCUGGGUGAACAACUAAAUUAAACAUCUAUUAAAGAUGAACUGUGUGUUGCUUACUAGUUGAUGCUUGAUCUAAAUAAGCAAACAAUGUGUAUGUGUUUGCACAAAUAUUGCAAUAAUUAAGACUGUUGUAUGCUUUACUUCUUUUUUAUAGUGUGAUGAAGUUUGUUGUUCCUUAA